UCUGCGCACGUUUGAUGGCGGCGAUUAAUCCUGAGAGGAGCAAAGCUCGGUGGAUUUAUUUGUGUUUUUUAGACGUUUCUUAACGGUUUAUUCGACGUUUACCGCCUUCAUCCACAUACCUGCUGCAGCCAUGGAAACAGAGGAGCAGGCGAGGAACCGUUUCCAGUCAGAGCUCGAGUUCAUCCAGUGUUUGGCCAACCCCAACUACCUGAACUUUCUGGCUCAGAGAGGCUUCCUGAGGGAGAGACCCUUCAUCAACUACCUGAAGUAUCUGCUGUACUGGAAGGAGCCCGAAUACGCCAAGUUCCUCAAGUACCCCCACUGCCUGCACAUGCUGGAGCUGCUGCAGUACGAGCACUUCAGGAAGGAGCUGGUGAACGCUCAGUGCGCCAAGUUCAUCGAUGAGCAGCAGCUGCUGCACUGGCAGCACUACUCACGCAAACGCAUGCGGCUGCAGCAGGCGCUCGCCGAGCAGCAGCAGGCGCAGCAGCAGCCGGCGCCGCCUCACGGCAACAACGCCGCCACCAAGUGAUGAUGUCACAGGAGGCUGAAGGUGGAGCGGUGGUGACUCUUUCAGCCGGAUAUCGAGUUUGUUUUUCUGCUUCAUGUCAACAAUAAAGACUUUUGAGGAUUUUUUUUGGGGGGGGGGGCAGCUGAUGGAGAACGUCAAACGAUCCACAAAUGUUUGCAGACGUAAGGUCAUCAUCACAGAGCAGCAGCUGGUGUUGAAACAUAAGCUUUGUACUUCCUGUUGGGAUUUUCAAGUUAAAAUUUCUCCUGAAUGAACAUGUCAGUCUCCGAUCCUCUCAGCAGAAACAAACUGGAAGCAGGAACACCAGCAGAGCUGAGGAAGUCUUUGUCCUGUUUGUGUGUAAACUCCUGAUGUUCCGAGUGGGUCCUCACAGCUGGAGAGGAGGGCGUGGAACUGUUAGAGCUGAAGGUGGGCUCUAUUCGAUGCUUUGUUCUAAUAAAAUAUUUGAAAUGUAAA